AUUCCAAGUAAAUAGAAACAAAGUUUCUGUGCCUCUCUAGUACGUGGGUCAGAUAUAAAUUCGACAACACAUAUGGCAAGGCCGAGCUUUGUCUCCCUCCUUUUCUUCAUUCAUGCACUGCUAGUAUUCACUAGAACUUGUUGUUUUGGAUUAAGCAAAUCCCAGCCACAUUCAGAGAAGCCUCAUCAUCGCCAUGGAGUUGCUUUCUUCAUCUUCGGAGACUCUUACUUGGAUGCAGGCAACAACAACUACAUCAACACUUCAACUCUCGACCAGGCCAAUUUCAGGCCUUAUGGAGAGACAUACUUCAAGUUCCCAACUGGAAGAUUCUCCGACGGGCGCUUGAUGUCGGACUUUAUUGCCGAGUAUGCUCACCGGCCAUUGAUUCCGCCGUUUCUGCAACCGGGGUUUCACCAGUAUCCCGGCGGAGCCAACUUUGCAUCUUCAGGAGCCGGUGCUCUGGUUGAGACGUUUCAAGGCUCGGUGAUUGAUCUAAAAACACAACUAAGAAAUUACAAGAAGGUAGAGACCUGGUUCAGACACAAAUUGGGCGAUGCUGAAGCCAAGAUGACACUGUCAAGAGCCGUCUACUUGUUUAACAUCGGAACCAACGAUUACAUGAGCCCUUUCCUGAUCGACUCCCCUAUUUUCAAGUCCCACUCUCAUUCCGAGUACGUAGGAAUGGUCAUCGGCAAUUUGACGACUAUCAUCCAAGAGAUUUAUGCAGGAGGGGGUCGAAAAUUUGGUUUCAUCAAUUUGCCGAGAUUAGGUUGUCUCCCGGGUUUGAGAAUAAUCAAACCAGAAAAUAACGGUAGCUGCUUAGAAGAAGUUUCAUCACUUGCCAGAUUACAUAACCAAGCUCUCUUCAAAGUUCUCAGGAAGCUAGGAAGCCAGUUGAAGGGUUUUAAGUAUUCACUCUACGACUUGAACCACAGCCUUAGACAGAGAACCAGACAUCCUUCGAAAUAUGGUUUUAAAGAAGGAAAAUCAGCAUGCUGCGGAACAGGUCAGUUUCGAGGGGUGUUUAGCUGUGGAGGCAAGAGAAUCGUCAAGGAGUUUGAGUUGUGCCAAAACCCUAAUGAAUACGUGUUUUGGGACUCUUUCCACUUGACUGACAAGGUUUAUAGCCAAUUGGCUCAUGAAAUGUGGAGUGGGGAAGGUGACUAUAAGCCUUUGGGUCUGUACAAUCUCAAGGAUCUCUUCAGAGAUUUAUAGAGAUAU